UCGGCACCAAGCAGCACCCACUAAACUACACAGAGCUAACAAAGAUUUUCCAACCCCUGUGAUGACGUCAGCUCAUAUAUGAAGGUGAAGGGGGGAAAACAGACAAUGUGUUUGAUUAGUGGUUACGUGAAGUAGCCUACUGUAGUAGUUUGACUUCUUUGAAGAGUUCUUCACAAACUUUGUUGCGUCAUUAGCAAGGGAAAGCAGAAAUAUACUUUCCCACUGGUUCUGUCACCUACAAGCUCCUUUUGAUAACCAAACCAGACCUGAAACAAUGAAUACAUCUGUUGGAGAUGUAACUGACAACUGUAGUACCCCCAGAGACUACCAGUUCUACUUCUUCCCAGCCGUCUACAGUCUGGUGAUGGCACUGGGCCUGCCAGGCAACGUGGGAGCCCUCUAUGUGUUCAUCUUCAAGAUAACUCCCCGCACCUCCUCAAACGUGUUUGUCAUUAACCUGGCCCUCGCCGACACCACCUUCCUUUGUACCCUGCCCUUCAAGAUCCACUACCACCGCAACAGCAAUGACUGGGUAUUCGGAGAUGUGGCCUGCAGCAUCACAGGAACACUGUUCUUCGCCAACAUCUACAUCAGCAUCGCCUUCAUGACCUGUAUCUGUGUGGAUCGAUAUGUGGCCGUCGCCUAUCCUCACACUUAUCUGAGGCUCCGGAACUCACGUUGCACUGUACUGGUGAGUGCGGCAGUGUGGGCGCUGGCAGGGGCAGCUGUUCUGGCCUUCAUCCUAGUGGGACCUCUGGACACCCAGCACCGUAGCUGCUUUGAAAACUUCUCCCAGAAAGAGUGGGACAGGCGUCUGGUGCCGUACAGCAUAUUCAGUCUCGUCGUCGGCUCGCUACUGCCCUCUGUGGUCAUCCUGGUGUGUUACCCUCUGGUGGCGCGGCGCAUCACUCUCAUCCGGACCAACACAGCCCGCGGAGCCCUGAGGGUCAUCUACACAAUCCUCGUUAUCACCCUACUCUGCUUCCUGCCCUACCACGUGGUUCACUUCCUGCAUCUGCUCCGCCGUCUAGGGGUCAUCCAGCACUGUCCCUAUGCAAACGCCAUCUACAAUGCCCGGCGGGUGACAAUGGCCCUCGUCAGCCUCAACAGCUGUCUGGACCCCCUGCUCUACUACUUCACCACCAGUCACUGUAAGUGGAGUCCCUCCAAGGCCAGGUUCAGAUGGCUGUGGGAUAGGAGGACCAUGGGAGUCUACACGAUCGCUGUGAGACCAUGAUGCUUUUGCUUUAGCUUGCUCUGACUACUGAUGAAAUGACAUGCAUUUUAUGUUCCGCUCACAAACACUGAAGGCUCGUGGUGAAGCAUUGUUUUCCUUACCGUGUACUGUAAACCACCAAUUAUUUUGUAUACCUUUACAUGUACGCCAUGUAAAUAUAGCAUUUACAUCUUC